AUGCCAUUCCACGUCGCCAAAGAGCAAUACAUCCAAAGCCCACAUGAAUACCUGCCCAAGGCGUUCAACCACCCGACCGUCGAGCAUCAUGACCCGCCAAAAGGGAAAGAGAGCUACCUCCUCCCUGCCGUCUUGGAUGUCCAGAAUGGUGCGGAGAUGACGGCGACGUACCCGGGCCCUUGCAUCUACUAUGUCACUGAGGGGGAGAUUGAGUAUGAGGAUCGGAAGAACCCGGGGAAUACGACUGUGCUCCGCGAGGGAGGCAUCCUGCACGUCGAAGAAGGCUCGCUCAUCCGCUGGACGUGCAAAUCGCCUAAUGGUGUCAAGGGAUUCGCUGUGGCGCAUGUCCCUGUAUCUAUUACAUCCGUCGAUGAUUUCGUCGCAUUGGAGCAAUAG